UGCCCGCCGGGAAGGCGGAAGCGGAAGUCGGGGGCGCGCAGGCUCUAAAUACGGAACGUCGCGGCGUCGGGUCCGGGUCCGGGGUCGCCAUGGGGCGCGGCAGCGGCACCUUCGAGCGUCUCCUAGACAAAGCGACCAGCCAGCUCCUGCUGGAGACUGACUGGGAGUCCAUCCUCCAGAUCUGUGACCUGAUCCGCCAGGGGGACACGCAAGCAAAAUAUGCUGUGAGUUCCAUUAAGAAGAAAGUCAAUGACAAGAACCCACAUGUGGCCUUGUAUGCCCUGGAGGUCAUGGAGUCCGUGGUGAAGAACUGUGGCCAGACAGUUCAUGACGAGGUAGCCAACAAGCAGACCAUGGAGGAGCUGAAGGAGCUGCUGAAGAGGCAGGUAGAAGUGAACGUCCGAAACAAGAUCCUGUACCUGAUCCAGGCCUGGGCGCAUGCCUUCCGGAACGAGCCCAAGUAUAAAGUAGUCCAGGACACGUACCAGAUCAUGAAGGUGGAGGGACACGUCUUCCCAGAGUUCAAGGAGAGCGACGCCAUGUUUGCUGCAGAGAGAGCGCCUGACUGGGUAGAUGCCGAGGAGUGCCACCGGUGCAGGGUGCAGUUCGGGGUGGUGACCCGCAAGCACCACUGCCGGGCGUGCGGCCAGAUCUUCUGCGGCAAGUGCUCCUCCAGGUCCUCCACCAUCCCCAAGUUUGGCAUCGAGAAGGAGGUGCGCGUGUGCGAGCCCUGCUUCGAGCAGCUGAACAAGAAAGCAGAAGGAAAGGCCUCCACAGCAGAACUGCCCCCGGAGUACCUAACCAGCCCACUGUCGCAGCAGUCCCAGCUGCCCCCCAAGAGGGAUGAGAGCGCCUUGCAGGAGGAGGAGGAGCUGCAGCUGGCCUUGGCCCUGUCGCAGUCAGAGGCCGAGGAGAAGGAGAGGGUGAGACAGAAGUCUGCGUAUGCUGCGUACCCCAAGGCAGAGCCUGUGCCCGUGGCCUCCUCGGCACCCCCUGCCAGCAGCCUGUACUCAUCGCCAGUGAACUCGUCGGCACCUCUGGCUGAGGACAUCGAACCUGAGCUUGCCCGGUACCUCAACCGGAACUACUGGGAGAAAAAGCAGGAGGAAGCACGGAAGAGCCCCACCCCGUCUGCACCGGCGCCCCUCGCGGAGCCCGCCGCCCUGCCCGGGGAGGGGCACGCAGCCCCCUCGAACACAGUGGAGAAUCCCCCCCCAGAGACAGAGUCUCAGCUCCUGACCCCCUCUGGUGGCCCCUUUGGUGAGCAGCAGUACCAGAAUGGGGAGUCGGAGGAGAACCACGCACAGUUUCUGAAGGCUCUGCAGAACGCUGUCACCACCUUUGUCAACCGCAUGAAGAGCAACCACGUGCGAGGCCGCAGCAUCACCAACGACUCGGCCGUGCUCUCCCUCUUCCAGUCCAUCAAUGGCAUGCACCCCCAUCUGCUCGAGCUGCUCAACCAGCUGGAUGAGCGCAGGUUGUACUAUGAGGGGCUGCAGGACAAGCUGGCGCAGAUCCGCGAUGCCCGGGGGGCACUCAGCGCCCUGCGGGAGGAGCACCGGGAGAAGCUGCGCAGGGCGGCCGAGGAGGCUGAGCGCCAGCGCCAGAUCCAGCUGGCCCAGAAGCUGGAGGUCAUGCGUCAGAAGAAGCAGGAGUAUCUGGAGGUGCAGAGGCAGCUGGCCAUCCAGCGCCUGCAGGAACAAGAGAAAGAACGGCAGAUGCGCCUGGAGCAGCAGAAGCAGACCAUCCAGAUGAGGGCCCAGAUGCCGGCCUUCCCCCUGCCCUAUGCCCAGCUUCAGGCCAUGCCCGCAGCCGGAGGCGUGCUCUACCAGCCCUCUGGCCCCGCAAGCUUCCCUGGCACCUUUAGCCCAGCAGGCUCAGUGGAGGGCUCCCCCAUGCACACCGUGUACAUGAGCCCACCAGCACCGGCCACCAGCGGGCCCUACCCCAGCAUGCCCGGGGCUGGAGCAGAUCCCAGCAUGGUGAGUGCCUACAUGUACCCAGCAGGGGCCGCGGGCGCUCAGGCAGCCCCCCAGGGCCCAGCAGGGCCCACCACCAGCCCAGCCUACUCAUCCUACCAGCCUGCUGCUACCCAGGGCUACCAGAAUGUGGCCUCCCAGGCCCCACAGAGCCUGCCAGCCAUCUCCCAGCCUCCACAGUCCAGCACCAUGGCUUACGUGGGGAGUCAGUCGGUGUCCAUGGGCUACCAGCCCUACGGCAUGCAGAAUCUCAUGACCACCCUCCCCAGCCAAGAUGCGCCUCUGCCGCCCCCGCAGCAGCCCUACCUCUCGGGGCAGCAGCCCCUGUAUCAGCAGAUGGCGCCCUCCAGUGGCCCUCCCCAGCAGCAGCCCCCCGUGGCCCAACAGCCACCGGCACAGGGGCCACCAGCACAGGGCAGUGAAGCCCAGCUCAUCUCCUUCGACUGACCCAGGCCUGGAGCUCACCGGCCAGAGUAACACUAGGUUUCUCCGAACCACCACCUCCGUCUCUAACUAGUGCCAUCCUUCUGCCCCCCUUUGUCCUCUCCUCACCAUGUGGUGUCCCUGCUCCAUGUGAAUGGGGUGGUUCUUCACCCCAGCUCCCGUCCUUUCUGUCCUUGCCUGCUGCCUCCAUGUCCCCAAGGCCCCAAUGUGCACUGUCCCUGUCUCUGUGAGUUGGUCUCUGACUUCCUUCUCCGGGGCUGUGUCUCGGGGAGGAGGGUAAGAGGGAAAGACCUUCUGUGAGAGGAAGCCCCCAGCCCCACGUUGGCCAUUCUAGGGCUAGCUGGAGUGGGAGCUCCUCUGCCCUCACAGCCCGCAGCGUCCAUCCCCACCUGUGCGUCCUCAGGGCCUGUGGUCUGUGACUGGCGUGUGCGCUCCCCAGAGCCCCCCCAUGCGGCCCCAGGCUGUCAGCAGCAGCACUCCUGGCCUUCACAGAAAGGGGGGCUUUGUCUCCAGCGUCUCUGCUUCUGAACUUCAUUCAUCCAGUCCCCUGAGUAGAUGGAAUGGAACACUGAUAAUAAAAUGUCUUUCAGCAAGUG